ACUGUCAAGUGAAGCCAGCUGUUUGAGAUGAAAUAUCAGAGGUUUUCUGAUUCAAAUUGAACUAUUAAAUUACUAUGGAUACGGAAGAACAGGUGCUCGAGGUGGCGCCCCCGGAGGUCCUCAGCCUAAGUAACUGCCCGGGCACCACUCCCGGCACGCCGUGCAGCAAAAAUCAACUGAAGAAGCAGCGAAAACUGGCCGAGUUUGCGGAGCUCCGGAAGCUGCGACGCGAACGGGAGCGUGAGAAGAAGAAGCAGAAGCGUCGGGAGGCCAAGGAGCAGGGUCUGCCGGUCCGGAUUGGGCCUUCCCGCAAAGAGCUCAAGAAACGCCAGGCAGCCGAGAGCGGGCAGCCUGGCCUCAGCGUUGCCAUCGAUCUGGACUACGACGAUCUGAUGCAGGAGCGGGACAUCUCCAAGUGCGUCAAGCAGUGCCUGCGAAUCUACACCAUCAAUCGGCGCAGUGCGCAGCCAGGCAAGCUGCACUUCACGGGCAUCCGGCGCAACGGGCACAUCCAUCAGUCGUUCAAGAAGAACGACGGCUGGGAGAACUGGCACGUGGAUUACCAUUUCGAUCGCGGACACACCGAGGUCUUCGACACCAGCCAACUGGUCUACCUAACCUGCGAGUCCGAUCGGGUGCUGGACAAGCUGCAGCCCGGCUGCACCUACGUCAUCGGCGGCCUGGUGGACCACAAUCACUUCAAGGGCCUGUGCCACUCGAGGGCCACGGAGGCGGGCCUGGUCACCGCCCGCCUGCCGCUCAGUGAGCACGUGGACAUGAAGACACGGGCCGUGCUCAGUACCUACCAUGUCUUCGAGUUGCUAAUUAAGGUAGCUGCUGGCCAGGACUGGACCUCGGCCAUUCUGGACACGAUUCCCAUGCGCAAGGGAGCCAAAGCGAAAGCCACUAAUGAAAGGAAGGAGCAGGAGAUAGAGGUUCUAGGGCGACGCCAGGAUCUGGAGCAGGGUCCAGUACUAGAGCAGAGGGAGGAAAAACUGGAAGCUGAGCCAAAGAAGCCAUCCGCAGCCGCCAUCGAACCGGAAACUAAAUGCCAGCCCUUGGACAGUUGACAACAGUCGAGAUCGCAAUUCGAGGUCUUUUUGAUUUUUAUUUCAGUUUCUU